AUGGACAAGUUUAAGAACUUUUUGAAAGAUAAGAAAGUCGAUAAGCAUUUCAAAAAGAGCGGGCCUGGACAGAAACUCUCAAGCAGUUCCGGUCAAUCUCCUAGUAUUGUCACUGGCUCUGCUCAGGGUGGAUCGGUUGAUCGUGUUGCCGCUUCCGAUGUAGCAGCACAAGCUGCUUUGAAACGGUUGUAUAAAAAUGAUCCUUCUCAAGAGCUCACUUACAGCCAGAAAAAAAUUCAAAUGAUCGCGAAGAAAGAGUUAGAAGAAGAGCGUCAGCGUAAUGAUCCAAACAGUUUACUCAAAGAUUUAGCGCUUGCAGAGAAACAUGUCCCUGAUGUCAAAGAAUUCGAACACUCAGGAGCCAUAGAACAUGUUUAUUAUUCGUGUGAACUGUUAGGAGAUGACAUAAUGCUUCCGAAAUCAGAGCUGACUAAAGCUAUUGAACAGUUUUUGCUUGAACAAGUAUCAUGUCAAGGAGAAGAUAAUGUCAUUCCUGCUGUUCUUUUGAUCUUCUCUGUUAAUACUCGGACCCAGAGAGAAGGAGCAAUUGAUAUCCUUUCUAAGUAUGUCAAAAAUAUCAUUGAGCAUCCUGGUGAAGAUAAGUAUUGUCGCAUACGUAUGUCUAACAAAGCGUACCAGGAGAAAGUUCUUCCUGUUACUGGAUCUAUCGAAUAUCUGAAAGCUGUUGGUUUUGAGGAACAAAAUAUUUCUCCAAAGGAAGGCGAACCGUCCGAACCUUUUCUUGUUAUGACUAAUGUUGAUGAUGAGAAAACGGCUAUUCUCAUUAGUGGCUUGGAUGCUCUACAAAAUGGACAAUGUGUACCUAUCAAAGUCUCUAGAAACGAAUCUAUUUUCAUUCUAAAGCAAAAUCAGAAGAUAUCAAGUCCAACUUUGUCAAUGGAUUUCUAUGAUUUAACCGCGAGUGAAAUCAAGAAAGAGCAGCAAAGCAAAACAGAAGAAGUUGAAAAACUUCUAUCGUUAAGAACCAAGGAGAUGCGUGAGAGAGAUCAAAAACUGAGAGACUACAGAUACAAGUACAGUCUCAUUCGUAUACGAUUACCUGAUAGGUACAUGAUCCAGGCUACUUUUGGUUGUUAUGAGACUUUAGAGACAAUACGUUUCUUCAUUUCUGAACAUCUAUCCGAGGCUCAUCAAGUUGCAACCUGGAAGCUUCAAGACCCUUUAAGACCUUCUACCGUUUUAGAUGAUAAAAAAACAAUUGGAGAACUUGGCUUAGCUCCUGCUGCUGUUCUUCAUUUUGAAUGGCUUGAUGCUACAGUAGGACACUGCUUGAGCGAACGAUAUUUACAAAUCGCUAAAGAGUUCGAAAGUUCUUAA